GAAUUCCGACUUCCGGUAAAUGGAACGCAGCAGCGGUGGAGUGACGCUGCAAUUUCCCGUCAUUCAGUGGGGCGUCAUGGCGGACACUAGAGAAAAAGCGCUGCAGGACUACAGGAAGAAAUUGCUGGAGCACAAAGAAGUUGAUGGGCGACUUAAAGAAUUGAGAGAGCAGCUGAGAGAGCAGACCAAACAGUACGAAAAAUCAGAGAAUGAUCUGAAGGCUCUUCAGAGCGUCGGUCAGAUUGUUGGAGAAGUGCUCAAACAACUCACGGAGGAGAAAUUCAUUGUGAAGGCUACCAAUGGCCCCCGAUAUGUGGUUGGAUGUCGCAGGCAGUUGGACAAAUCCCAGCUGAAGCCAGGCACCAGAGUGGCUCUGGACAUGACUACGCUUACAAUCAUGAGGUACCUACCCAGGGAGGUGGAUCCUCUGGUGUACAACAUGUCCCAUGAGGACCCCGGCAGCGUCUCCUAUUCUGAGAUCGGAGGCUUGUCUGAACAGAUCCGUGAGCUGAGAGAGGUGAUUGAGCUGCCUCUGACCAACCCUGAGCUUUUUCAGAGAGUUGGCAUUAUUCCUCCUAAAGGCUGCUUGCUCUACGGGCCUCCUGGCACCGGGAAAACUCUUCUUGCCCGAGCAGUGGCCAGUCAACUGGACUGCAAUUUUCUGAAGGUGGUUUCCAGCUCCAUUGUGGACAAGUAUAUUGGUGAAAGUGCCAGGCUGAUCAGAGAGAUGUUCAACUAUGCCAGGGACCACCAGCCAUGUAUUAUCUUCAUGGAUGAGAUCGACGCCAUCGGUGGCCGGCGUUUCUCAGAGGGGACUUCAGCUGACAGAGAGAUCCAGAGGACCCUGAUGGAGCUUUUGAAUCAGAUGGAUGGCUUCGACACAUUGCACAGAGUCAAGAUGAUCAUGGCUACCAACAGACCUGACACUCUCGACCCGGCCCUGCUGCGGCCCGGCAGACUGGACCGCAAAAUUCACAUUGAACUGCCCAAUGAACAGGCUCGUCUGGACAUCCUCAAGAUUCACUCCAGUCCUAUCACCAAGCACGGAGAAAUAGAUUUUGAAGCCAUUGUGAAGCUGUCAGAUGGUUUCAAUGGAGCUGAUCUGAGAAAUGUGUGCACAGAAGCAGGGUUAUUUGCCAUCCGCUCUGACCGGGAGUACGUAACUCAGGAGGACUUUAUGAAAGCCGUGAGGAAGGUGGCGGAUUCAAAGAAGCUUGAGUCCAAGCUGGACUACAAACCUGUAUAACCUGUCUGUCCCUUUUCUCUCCAUUAUUUUUUAUUUCCCCGUCAUGGAUUUGCUGUGUUAAGAUCUGUUUGUGGGAAAUGGUAUUAGAAAAAACCGUGAACCUUCCAGAUGCCAACAGUGACCUACACAGUAACAUUACCUGCUGUUUCCACUCAUCAGUGUAACCCACCGCAUCAGAGAAACGUUAUGCUGUCCCACAAAGCACUUGUAUAAAACAACUUCAUGUCCAGAAAUA